UCCCAACCUCACGUGACACUGCGGUCACGUGACAUGGCCCCGGGGAGCCGAGGCGCGCGUUCCAGCUUCCGGAGCCGGAGGGGGCCCGGCGUCCCCAGCCCCCAGGCCGACGCCACCAUGCUGUCCCGCCUGCUAAAAGAACACCAGGCCAAACAGAAUGAACGCAAGGAGCUGCAGGAGAAGAGGAGGCGAGAGGCUAUCACUGCAGCGACCUGCCUGACAGAAGCUUUGGUGGAUCACCUCAAUGUGGGUGUAGCCCAGGCCUACAUGAACCAGAGAAAGCUGGACCAUGAGGUGAAGACCCUACAGGUGCAGGCUGCCCAAUUUGCCAAGCAGACAGGCCAG